UCUGGGGCUUCGGGUAAAGUUUCAGCCUCCGCACGUGACUCGCCAUGGCUGCUGCCUUCGCCCCGCGCCCCUGAUCCGCGGCCCCCCAGACUGCUCCUCUCCCGGGAUCCCAUACCCCUGACGCUUAGCAGCACCGAGGCGCAGGGUCAGGGCAGACGCCGAGCCCGCGGGCACUCUGGACGGAUUGCUUCCUCCCGCUGCGAGGUAACCCCCAUUGAGAGGAGGAGGAGGGCCAGCUGCUGGCCUCUGCCACAAGGAUCCUCUGGGGUGGCAGACCCUGACCUUUCCCCUCGGGACUGUGGUGCCACAGAACAUGGUCCCCCCAGCCGCCUAGCCCAUCCGGGAGAGGCAUCCUCUUCGGUGUCCUGAAGGCCAGCUCCGGACCUUCCCAGAAAAGUGCCAGCUCACAGAACUGCUUGACCAAAGGACCAGCUCUUGGGACCUCCCCCAACUCACACCCCCCCAUUCUAGUGGGGGUGGGGUGGGGUGGGGAUCCAGGAGGCUGAGAUUAGCCUGCUGGCCUUGGACAGAAGCUCGAGGACAGAAGUGGGGUGGGGUGGGCCGACCACCCAGACCCCCGCUGGGCCCAGGCCCCAUGCCCCGAGAAGGGGCAGCCUGAAGCCCGUCAGAGCCUCCUGCCAGACUGUCUGCCUGCCCUUCUGACUGUGGCUGCUUGGCAUGGCCAGCAACAGCAGCUCCUGCCCAACACCUGGGGGAGGGCACCUCAAUGGGUACCCGGUGCCCCCCUACGCCUUCUUCUUCCCGCCAAUGCUGGGUGGACUUUCACCGCCAGGCGCCCUGACCACUCUCCAGCACCAGCUUCCAGUCAGCGGCUACAGCACACCAUCCCCAGCCACCAUUGAGACCCAGAGCAGCAGUUCCGAAGAGAUAGUGCCCAGUCCUCCCUCGCCGCCCCCCCUCCCCCGUAUCUACAAGCCUUGCUUUGUCUGUCAAGACAAAUCCUCAGGCUACCACUAUGGGGUCAGCGCCUGUGAGGGCUGCAAGGGCUUCUUCCGGCGCAGCAUCCAGAAGAACAUGGUGUACACGUGUCACCGGGACAAGAACUGCAUCAUCAACAAGGUGACCCGGAACCGCUGCCAGUACUGCCGGCUGCAGAAGUGCUUUGAAGUGGGCAUGUCCAAGGAGUCUGUGAGGAACGACAGGAACAAGAAGAAGAAGGAGGCGCCCAAGCCCGAGUGCUCCGAGAGCUACACGCUGACACCCGAGGUGGGGGAGCUCAUCGAGAAGGUGCGCAAAGCGCACCAGGAAACCUUCCCUGCCCUCUGCCAGCUGGGCAAAUACACUACGAACAACAGCUCAGAGCAACGUGUCUCUCUGGACAUUGACCUCUGGGACAAGUUCAGUGAACUCUCCACCAAGUGCAUCAUUAAGACUGUGGAGUUCGCCAAGCAGCUGCCCGGCUUUACCACCCUCACCAUUGCCGACCAGAUCACCCUCCUCAAGGCUGCCUGCCUGGACAUCCUGAUCCUGCGGAUCUGCACGCGGUACACACCCGAGCAGGACACAAUGACCUUCUCAGAUGGGCUGACCCUGAACCGGACCCAGAUGCACAAUGCCGGCUUCGGCCCACUCACGGACCUGGUUUUCGCCUUCGCCAACCAGCUGCUGCCCCUGGAGAUGGAUGAUGCGGAGACUGGUCUUCUCAGUGCCAUCUGUCUCAUCUGUGGAGACCGGCAGGACCUGGAGCAGCCAGACAGGGUGGACAUGCUUCAGGAGCCGCUGCUGGAGGCGCUGAAGGUCUAUGUGCGGAAAAGGAGGCCCAGCCGCCCCCACAUGUUCCCCAAGAUGCUGAUGAAGAUCACAGACCUGCGAAGCAUCAGUGCUAAGGGGGCUGAGCGGGUGAUCACGCUGAAGAUGGAGAUCCCAGGCUCCAUGCCACCUCUCAUCCAGGAAAUGCUGGAGAACUCCGAGGGCCUGGACACUCUGAGUGGACAGCCGGGGGGCGGGGGGCGCGACGGGGGCGGCCUGGCCCCCGCCCCCGGCAGCUGUAGCCCCAGCCUCAGCCCCAGCUCCAACAGAAGCAGCCCGGCCGCCCACUCCCCGUGACCGCCCGUGCCCCAUGGACACAGCCCUCACCCCAUGCCCUGGCUUUUCUCUGCCUUUCUACCAACCAUGCGACCCCCACCAGCCUUGCCCCGCCCCCAGCUGUCCUCCCUUUCCUGGGGGACAGGAGGGAGGAGGCGGCGACUCUUCAGAUGGAGGCCCGGGUGCAGAUGGACUGGCUGCUCCUGGGCUGAUGUCAGGGGCAAGGUCGCGAACUGAGUGAGGACCCCUGGGCCUGGGCCUCAGGACGGAGCCUGGGGGCCUGGUGUUCAUCAAGACAGCCCUCUGCCCCCCAUGCCACAUCUUCAUCACCAGCAAAUGCCAGGACCUCUCCCAUACUCAGAACCCGCAAGCCAUUGCCCCCCCGGUUGGGAAACCCCCCCCUGCCUCGGUUGGUGACAGAGGGGGUGGGUCAGGGGUGGGGGGUUCCCCCUGUACAUACCCUACCAUACCAACCCCCAGGUAUUAAUUCUCGCUGGUUUUGUUUUUAUUUUAAUUUUUUUUGUUUUGAUUUUUUUAAAUAAGAAUUUUCAUUUUAAGCACA